CCCAAAUGGCCCAUUAGGCUUCCCCAUCUACAUAUCAACAUAGAUUCUAUUUUUCAAAAGCUAGAGAUGCUGACUGCCGUACAACCAUGAACCACCACUGGAAUCAAAUCCGCUGCCUUGUGCAUCCACGAAAGAGAACAAUCGAAAACCAAUCAGGUUAGGAACGAGAAACUGUAAUCAGACCUCGACGGGAUGGCAGCGUCCGCAAAAACUGUCGCCAUUCCAGAUCAGUCAAAUAAUGGUGACUGGACGGUUGUUCUUCCACGUCGUGGCAAGCAGAGGAAAAAUUUCCCGAAGCUCAGGAAUCGAGAAGAUCAACGGACUUGGUCUCCCACUGAUCAGGCUAAUGAUACAAUUAGAGAAUCAAAACUGUUGCAGAAGAUGGAAAUGUGUAUCAAAAAACUUGAGAGUUCCCAAUUUUAUCGAACUCUUGUAGAGGAGCUUGAAACAGUGCCAUUCUUGGAAUCGUUAAAUAGGGUUUUGGACUCGGAGUCAAAGAUGGGGGUGGUUAUCUAUGGCGUAGGAAGCAUUGAGAAUUAUGAAAAUCCUCGAUUGCAGCUCAGUCUUGCGAUAUUGUUGAAGAGAAAAUUUAGUUGGAUUGAAAGUUUGGAGGUGUUUGAUCCAAUUCUUUCUGCAACUGAAUGUCGAUUAAUGGAAUCCUUUGGUUGUUCUGUUCUAUCAGUUAAUGAACAAGGAAGACGAUGUGCAGAGAAGCCAACGAUGUUCUUCAUGCCCCAUUGUGAAGCAGAGUUGUACAACAAUCUUUUACAGGAAAAUUGGAAGGUGAAGCUGUUGAAUCAUAUUAUGUUGUUUGGGAAUAGCUUUGAGAUUUAUGAACAGUUUGUAUCUGAAUUCAAGAACUCACCCGUUGUUGAUUCAUCAAAUUUCAUCUUGGCCUCGAGAAAGUUCGUGCGGGAGAUCAAAAUCAAGACAGUUUCAGAUGAUUAUUUUGGUGCAUUUCAUGAUUCAAGUUGGCAUUUUUUCAGCCCUGUUUCACCACUGGAGCUGAAAUUCAUAGAUCUUUGAAGGACAUUGCUUGGUGAUUGAAUAAACAGCCAGGGAAACAACACAUAUCCUGGACUUGCUAUCUUUGUUGGAAGGAUGUUCAUUCUUGGAGCCCUGGUACAUCUGAACGCUUUUAUGUAGGAGGUAGCAGAGACCUGUUAUCUUCGUUCGGAGUGUGAUUUAGCCAGUGCAAAGUGGAGUUGUUUCUUUGAGGUGUUUGGAUAUUACUUCAAUGCUUUUCAAGAUUGCAGAUAGACAAUCAAGGAUCUCUUUCUCCUCUAGCCUUUCAGGGAGGGGAUUUUUUUGUGACAGGCAGGGGUGUGUGCAAUUUUUGAUCGAAUCUUUGGGGAUCGAGAGAUGACUCUGAGUGAUAUUUGGUCCCUUGCUAGCUUCAACAUUUCAUUUUGGGCUUCUGCUACCUGAUUGGAGCCCUUUUGUUUAGGUUGGGGCUUCCUUUUGUGGGUUUUUUUCCUUUCUUCUUCUUUUUCUUCUUUUUUUUAAUGGUAGACUUGUGUAUCCUUUCAUUGUUUUCCUCAAUGAAGGCUUGAUUUAUUAUAAAAAUAUGAAAAAAGAAGGUGGUCGUUCAUAGUCCA